AUGUCGGCGGAACAUCUAGCUGGCGCAGGCUUGCCGGACGAUAAUCGAGGGCCUGCAAUCCUCGCCGCGACGUCUGUCGUAACAAUAUGCGCGUUGCUGACGGUGCUGGCGCGCAUGUACGUGCGCGUGUUUAUCAUUCGCAAUGUCGGCGCUGAUGACUAUACGAUGGUCUUGACCAUGGUGCUGUCCCUUGCAGGAUGGGCCAUCAUCAUCCCCGAAGUCAUCUACGGUGCCGGACGACAUACAGCCUACGUGCAGGAAACGGCGGUCAAAGCGAUGCAUCUCAAUUUCGCGACGCAGGGCAUAUACAUGUGGGCGAUCGGGUUGGUCAAGGUGUCCAUCGGGCUGUUUCUGCUGCGGUUUGCGCCGAGGAAGGGGUACAAGGUUUUCAUCUGGGUGAUUAUCGGUUUGUCUUCAGCGGAUCAUAUACUGGAGUGGGAACUGACUUCCGCAGUGUUGAUGUCGCUGUAUACCACCAUUUGCUUCUUCACCCUCGUAUUCCAAUGCAAAGAUAUCCGGUCGAUAUGGGAUCUGAGUAUCAAGUCGAAAUGUUUCAAGCCGACGCAGCUGUUGCAGCUGAGCUACACUAACACAGCUCUGAAUAUCCUGACGGACCUGAUCUUCGCCCUAAUGCCCGCGUUCAUGCUCCGCCACCUCCAAGUCAACCGCCGGGUCAAGGCAUCGCUAGUCUGCAUUCUGGGGCUGGGAGUCUUUGCCUGCGCUGCGGCGUUCGUCAAACUCUCCAUCCUCCCCAACUACGGCCGCACCGGCGACUUUCUCUGGGACUACACCGAUCUCACCAUCUGGGUUGUUGUCGAAUGCAACACGGGCAUCAUAGCCGGCAGCCUCCCCACCCUCAAGCCCCUCUUCAAACAAGUCCUCGGCUCCUACGGCUCCCAAUCCCGCACAAGGAACUACUACGCCGGCGGCACGCGGUACAAGCUCCGCUCCCUGUCGCGGCAGAACCAGUCCAAGCCGCAGACCCUGGCCAGCGGCAACUUCGACAUCGAUGUGCAGGCAGAACGGAACGGGCCGUUGACAUCCAAGUCUGCGUACGAGACCACCACGACGGCGACCUAUCCCGGCCGCGAGGGGAGUAACUCGAGUGAGGAGCAUAUCCUGUCGCCAAGGGGGGAUGGGAUUGUCUGCGUGACUGAGGUUAUGGUGUCGCAUUCGCUGGAGUCGGGAGGGAAUCAGAAAUAG